GUCGCCUAAGAUUAGGGCACAGGAAGGCAAUGACCACAUCGUGGACCACAGGUAUCCGCGUUUAGUACACAUGUGCGGACGCAGUCAGGCGACGGUCGAGUAUUUUUUUGGCAAACUGUUUGAAAGGCCUUCAAAAAUCAGUAGAGAUUUACUACAUUUGAUAAAUGAAUUAUCAAAGUGCUCGCCCCACGAAACGGGCACCGGGUGUCGACCCAUGAGAUACCGUGGCUUUACGCUAAUUAGCGCCAACUCCAGUGUCCAAACCGGACUAACUUUUACACCGAUUCAGGUGAACAAAGUGGCCAAAACGAGACGACAAUUGUGUUUUUUAUUUUCAGGAAUUGGGUCUCAAUUUCCAACGAUUAACAAAUCAUUGCUAAAUUUCGAUGUCAUCUCAAACUCUAUUCAUGAGUCGGCGGUUGUCUUGCGAGACAAAGGCGUGGAUUUGUUGGCUCUAUUGACUAAACCAAAUGCCGAUUCCAACAAUUGGGUGUUGAAUACAAUACUAUCUGCGGUCGCCAUUCAGAUGGCUUUGACGGAUCAGUUGCGGCAUUUGGAUAUCACGGCCGACCAUAUGAUUGGCUACUCUAUCGGUAAGAUAGUGUGCGCGUAUGCGGACGGCUGUCUCACUGGUCGGGAAACCCUUUUAGUUGCCUAUUAUUGCGGGAAUUUCAUCGACAAAAUGACAGUCAAGAAGGGUCUGAAGCGGACGUCACGCCACCUAAACGGCGAUAAUAUGGGCCACAGUUUAAAUCAGUAUUGCAAUGAAGUGCUGACCACUGGUACGGACGGAAACUUAGACAUCGAAACAUUGGUUCAGACGUUGGAUUCAGUGAUCGGAUCCGAUCGUAAAAUGUCCUCCAAAUGGAUUUCCAAUACAAACGAUUAUAAUUGUCAUAAUAUUAACAGCAAAUACUUUGUCGAUUGCCUACUAUUGCCGGCGAUGUUAACGAAUACGUUCGCUAAUUGUGUGCCCAACGGGUCAGUGAUCGUCGACUUGUCUCCGGACACUCUAAUGGCGAAUGAGAUCAUGAAUUUGAAUACAAAUUAUACAUACAUUCCUCUAAUGAAAGAAAUGGACGACAAUUGCGAGUCAUUAUUGUUGACCGUUGGGGGUCCGGUAUCGACGGGCACUCGAAUGCUGUCGCCAUUCAUCCAAUGGAAUCACACAAAAUCUUACCGUGAGAUCCGAUUUCCCGAUUAUUUUAAUUACUUUCGAAAUCUGUCGGACGCGUCCUAUACCAUUGACUUUAGGGAUGUGAACGAACAGUACAUUCUUGAUCACUGUAUUGAUGGCAAAAUUCUAUUCCCGGGCACCGGGUAUCUGAUGCUCGCGUGGCGUUCACUGGCUUUUCACAAGAAAAUCUCAUACAAGGAGUUAUCGGUGGAGUUCCGUGACGUACAGCUAUUACGGGCCACACCCGUGACGGCCGAUAAAAAAGUCACAUUCAAUGUGAAUUUGGACAGAAGUACCGGACGUUUCCAUAUUAUCGAAAGCGGAUCAAUUGCGGUGAGCGGUACUGUACGCGAGAUUACCGGCGAUCAACCGCUGCGAUACACGUCUGUAUUGAAUGAAAUACAAUCGAUGGCCGACACGAGUCAUGAAACGCCCAUUUGGUUGCAAAGUAAAGAUGUGUACAAAAUGCUGAGGACUCGGGGCUACAAUUACGGCCCGAGUUUUCGCUGCAUAACCGACGCCCACGAGAUUCAGGACACUUAUUGGUCGGCCGGUAUUGAGUGGCGCCAGAAUUGGGUCACAUUUUGCGACUGUUUGUUACAGACAUCUCUAAUUACGCGAUCAAAACAAUUGGUAGUUCCGGUGGCCAUCGAAGAGCUCCGAUGCGAUCCAAAGCAACUGUUUAGCGGACAAGUUGUCGAGAGGCGGGCCGUAUUUGAUCCGCACCUCAAUAUAAUGGUGACGCCGGGACUGGAGAUCCGUGGAGUGCGGACCAGUCCUCUGCACAGGGAUGUCAAGUACCAAACGCCGGCUCACAUGAGCUAUGAGUUCGUCGCGUUUGACGAGAAUUUUAAACAUGGAUUGGAUAAUGACAUGACGUGUUCAUCAUAUGACGAGCGAACCUGUCUUCGCUCUCAACUCACAAUAUUUGCCCAAAAUCUCAAUAAAUUGAGUGGUAAUCGCGUGAAUGUGUUGGAAGUGAAUGAGAGCUCAGCGCCAAUGUAUGGCACAGUUAUGUCGGCGAUAGAUAUAUUGCACUACAGUCUCGACGUUAACUUUGUAUUCAUUGGCAGUACUAUUGGCCUCAAAGAAGAGGACAAAAACUUGUAUUCAAACACUUUUACUCUCAACGAUUCAUGUCUGGGAUCUGAUGUGAGUGACGGCAGUAUUGAUCUGAUUGUCUAUAAGGAUCAAAGUCUAUGCAAUUUAACAGCCAAUGAGAUUCAAACCGGAAAAAACAAUACAUUAUUUUUACAUUUUUGGCAAAACCUCAUUGAAAAUGGAUUUUUAUUGAUUGUAUUGAACGUCGGGAUGGAUGAGGAGGUGAAGGCUUUGGCGCAGAAGAUUGGUUUUCGUAUGGUUUCCCAUAAGAAACACUGUUUUCCCGUUCACUCACUUUUGUUUCGAAAGAUAAUUAUUGACCCAUUAAUUGAAAGACAGAUAAUCAUCAAAUUUACCAACGAUUACAGACUUUGGUUGCAGAGAUUUCAACGCGAAUUCAGUGAAAUCGGCAACAAAUCCAUUGAACAGAAUAUAUGGUUAGUCGCCAACGGAUCGGCUGAGGGUUUGUUGGGUUUUAUGAAUUGCAUACGAAAGGAGCCGAACGGACAUCGGAUCAGAUGUCUGCAGAUAAUGGACACAAAUAACGACACCCAAAGGCCAGUGGUAUUCGACAAAACAAAUACUAUGUUAAACGAUAUCAUCAAAAAUAAUUUGGCAAUAAAUGUGUUAAAAGAUGGUAAAGUCGGUCAUUAUGUACUCAAUGAGCUGCCGGUGCGGCGCAGGACUAUAGAUACCGAACACUGUUUUCUCAAUUUGCAAAACAGAGGCGAUUUGUCUUCGUUUCAAUGGUUUGAAUGUCAGCACAAGUAUUGGCCGCUAAACCGGACGAUCGGCGAAAAGUUGGUUCACUUAUACUAUUCGGCCCUCAAUUUUAAAGAUAUAAUGUUAGCGACGGGUCGACUUCAAUUGAAAGCUCCCGACGGAGAGACCGAAUGCCUGAUUGGCUCAGAAUUUGCGGGAAGGGAUGAGAACAUGAAUCGAGUGAUGGGAAUGGUUUUGUCCAAAGCGUUGGCCACCACUUGUCUGGUCAAAGAAAUACACUUUUUAUGGCCAAUUCCCGAUUACUGGUCAAUGGAAGAGGCGGCUACUGUUCCCUGCGUUUACGGCACAGCAUAUUAUGCGCUUAUAAUUAGGGGUAAAUUACGGCCAAACGAGUCCGUAUUGAUCCAUUCGGGUAGCGGUGGUGUGGGUCAGGCGGCCAUCAGAAUAUGCCUGAGUCUGAACUGUCGUCUAUUGAUAACCGUUGGCUCCGACGCCAAACGCCAGUUCCUUCAGAAGUUGUUCCCGACUUUAGGCGACGAGUGUUUCAGCACAUCCCGAGACGCGACUGCUUUUCGGCGUCACGUUAUGACCGAAACGGACGGCGCGGGCGUCGAUGUGGUUUUGAACUCCCUGUCCGACGAAAAACUGUUCGCAAGUUUGGAGUGUUUGGCCACAAAUGGACGCUUCCUUGAGAUCGGAAUCUAUGAUUUCGUCAAAGACUCGCUUUUAAAUGUGACGGAUCUGUUGAGAAACAAGACUUUUGAAGGCAUACAAUUUGAUGCCAUGUUUAAGGUUAACGACAAGACAUCGCCGACAAUGUUGAGGGAUAAGAAGAGGAUAUGGGAACUGAUCGACGCGGGCAUCAGCGCAGGUGUUGUGCAGCCCCUCAACCGUACUGUUUAUGACCACAACCAAUGCGAAGAAGCUUUUCGUUUUAUGGCCAGCGGUCGACACGUCGGCAAAGUCGUCGUCAAAAUACGAGACGAAGAGCCCUUCAAACAAACCUUUCAUUUUAAUGCCAUCAAAAUGGCGGCCAUUCCUCGAACGGUAUUCUUCUCUCACAAGUCAUACAUAAUUACCGGUGGUUUGGGAGGAAUGGGUUUAGAGAUCAUUGAUUGGAUGGUUGAGAGGGGGGUUCAAAGGUUUGUGAUCACCUCGAGAUCUGGUCCCAAACACCCGUAUCAAUACUCGCGGCUCAAGUAUUUCAAAGACACUGGCAUUGAGAUAGUUGUGUGGACUCAACCGAUUGAUUCCGUAAGUGAUGCCAAAGAUCUGUUCGUCGAGACCAUGAAAUUGGGUCCAAUCGGCGGUAUAUUUCACUUAUCAUUAGUCAUAAGUGACGGCUUUUUAGAAAAUCAGUCGAUCGACUCGUUUGACAAAGUGUUUGAAUCUAAAUCCAAACCAUUGGUACAUUUGGAUCAUGUGUCGCGACAAAUGUGUCCACAAUUGAAUCACUUUGUGGUGUUUUCAUCGGCGGUCACAUGGCUUGGAAGCGCCGGUCAAAGUAAUUACGGCUUCACUAACGCCGCGAUGGAGAGACUGUGCGAACAGAGACAUCGCGAGGGUUUGCCGGCUCUGGCCAUCCAAUGGGGUCCCGUCGGUGACGUCGGUUAUGUGGCCGACAAUAUCACAACCAAUGACUAUACAGUAGGCGUCGCGCGUUCGCAGCGCAUGUAUUCAUGCUUACAAACGUUGGAUCAGUUGCUCGAGUCUGGUGUCACCAUCUGUUCCAGUGUUGUCUUCAGAGACAAGAAGACAAGCAAAUCUGAUUCGUUGGCCGAUUGUAAGGAUCUGUUGACAGCGGUGUCCCGUAUAUUAGGCCACAAAGACUUAGCGAAGUGUAACGCGAAGACAAGUUUAGCAGAACUGGGAAUGGAUUCGCUGCUAAGCGUUGAGACCAAACAAGUCAUGGAAAGGGACUUUGAGUUAGUUUUGUCCACUCAGGAGAUCCAGAACUUGACGAUUGAACGCAUUCGACAGAUCAGUCUAUCGUCGCCGACGGCCAGUAGUGGUGUCGCGACGAAGACAUUGGCAGAGAUGGCGAUCACUCAGCGACCGACCAAAACUCACAAUAUAACCGAUACAACCGUCGUGUCGGCCGAUAAACAAGUAUUUCAUAUACCAAUAGAACGAGUCGUUUAUCUCAACGCUAUAAAAGAGGGCCGAAAAGUGUUUUACUUACCGCCGACUGACGGAACUUACCAUCUGUUCGUUCCGGUGGCCACUCGUAUGACACGACCCGUCAUUGGACUCAAUUGGACCGAAGAGUGCCUUCAGUUGGGCUCAAUUCGAGAGACGGCUCAACACUUUCUGGACGUAAUCCAUAGCGAGUUUGUCAACCAAUUGGACGACGGAUUUGAUUUGUGCGGCUAUUCAUACGGUGUGUUUGUGGCCUACGAUAUGUGUCUGGCAUUACAGCGAGCGGCCAGUAAUGGUAUGGUAUCGCCGUUUCCACCGCCAAAGCUCAUAGCCCUGGACUUGUGUCCGGUGCAGAAUCGCGCGGAUGUGGCCGUGGUUUUGGCCGCCACACAACAUAUGUUCAAUGGCGACCAGAAAUUGAGUUUAUUGUUCUCGUUUCUGAUGACCAGGAUAUCGAUUCAGUCGCAACAGUUGAUCCAAACGGUGACGGGUGUGGCGCGCAGUCUAUGGGAGCGAGUGGUGGCCGAGUUGUUGAUACAGCGCGUCGGCGACCCGUGUUUGGCGCUAAAUGAGGUGCUGUUUGCCGUUCGGUCACACGUCCACAAAAUGCAACACACGAUUCACUAUUCCAUCGGUGGUGACGAUAUGGACGGACACCGACUCAAAGGGGAUGUACUGCUGAUACGGGCGGACCAACCCUUUGCUGGCAAUGUUGCGGCUAAAAGUGAGUCCAGGCAUACCGUUCUUUACGACUACGGUUUUGGUGAGUCUGUUGUGAAGCACGGAAUGGACGCCAAUACCGGGCCGACAAGAAUCGGGUCAAUCGGCCCCGACUUUCGUGCGCAUAGAUUACUGCAUAACACGAUAGCAAUGAUAAGCAUAAGUCGGUUGAACACCUCUCCCACGCGC